AUGAAGAGAAAUUACAUAAUUAAAUAUUUUAACAAAAUAUCACAUGUAAAAUAUUACAAUAGUACCAGUAAAGGUAUAUUAAAUAAUGGAAAGAAUGAAAAUUCAGGAAAUUUAAUUAAAAAUAAAUUUGAUAACAAAUUUAUGAAUUUAGUAAAUAAAAAUAAAUAUAAUACUUAUAAAAAUCGAGUUUUUAAUACUAGCAUGUAUAAUAAUUUACAUCCAGGUUAUAUGAACAAUAAUGAAAAUAAUAAUAAUAAUUUAUCAAGUCAUUCUAAUUAUAAGUAUGAUGCAUAUAAUUAUUAUCAACCAAAACAUAAUUCAAAUGUAAAUAAUGAAAAUUCAGAUAAUACUUCUUAUCAAUAUUUUAGUAUUUUUGGUAGUACAGCUAUGUGCUUAAUAAAACCAGUAUUUCCUGAUUAUAUAAUUAACAAAAACAAAUUAACAAUUUAUGGAAAAGGAGGUUUUCAAUUUAUGUUUAUGAGAAAACAAAAUAAUUCUAAUAAAUAUGAUAAAGAUAAUAAAAUGAUUAUAUUUCUUAAAAUCAACAGUUUAUCAAAUGUUUUAUCUUUAAAGGAUAUGGAAAAAUUUAAAAAUGCAAUUGUUAUUAAAGGAAGUAAUAAUAACUAUUUAAUUAUUGAUAAGCACAAAGAAAAAAAGGAUCAUAUUGUUAUAAAAUAUAAGUAUCAACCAUCAAAUACUGUGGACAAUAAUUUUAAUGAAAUAAAUAAUAGUCUGAAUAUUGAUAUUAAUGAUAAUAUUAAUAUAAAUGAUGUAAACGAAGAGAAAAAAGGGCAUUUUGAGGAAUUACAUGUUAGUGCUCCUUUUACAGAGUUUCUAAUUUUUCAAAAAGCUGCUAAUUUAUUAUUACCUCAGCUAAUUGGAUGGGCUAAACAUAAUUAA